CUCUCAUCCCCUCCUAUUUACGUCCCUUCACUUCCACCACUCAGACAUCAAUGUUCUUCGAGAUGGCUAACAUCCAGCGAGUUGUCAUCUCGCUCUUGGUCAUUUUGACCGCCACUUUCCUAUUCAUGGGACAAACUGCGGAAGCAGCCAAAGGGCCCAAGAUCACCCACAAGGUCUACUUCGACAUUGAACAUGGAGAUGAGCCUGUGGGACGAAUUGUUCUAGGUCUCUAUGGCAAGACCGUGCCUAAGACUGCAGAGAACUUCCGUGCCCUGGCCACAGGCGAGAAGGGCUUUGGCUACGAGGGCUCGUCUUUCCACCGUGUCAUCAAGGACUUCAUGAUCCAGGGCGGCGAUUUCACAAAGGGCGAUGGUACUGGGGGCAAGUCAAUCUACGGGGACAAGUUCGAAGACGAGAACUUCAAGUUGAAGCACACGAAAAAGGGCUUGUUGAGCAUGGCCAACGCCGGAAAGAACACGAAUGGAUCUCAAUUUUUCAUUACCACGGCUAUCACAAGCUGGCUUGAUGGCCGUCACGUUGUCUUCGGGGAGGUCUUGGAGGGCUAUGAUAUCGUGGACAAGAUUCAGAACGUCGCAAAAGGUGCACAAGAUAGGCCUGUCAAAGCGGUCAAGAUCGUGAAAAGCGGAGAGCUCGAAGUGCCAGCGGAAGGUAUUCACGCCGAACUCUAGACUUGAGGGCUGGUACUGCUCUCCGGGUUACUCUUGUCCAGACCGCUUACUGAGACGUUGUAACAGAGCUCCUGGACCCCGAAGUUGAGGAUGAUCCUAUCAAUACAGAGGUGCCGGCGGUCAACAAGCCCGAGACAGAACUUGAUCAGCCUGCAAAAGAAGUCCCAGCGGCAGCAGAUACGUUCUCCUCAGCGGAACUGAUGAUUGCUCAGCCUUACGUUCAGAAGGGGGUAUGCUUCUUCCUGUUGGUCGCGGUUCUUUUGUACUUUGCUAGAAGACGCCAGUCGCAGGGGAGGUCAGCCCUCGAUGCUGGUAAGUCGGACGAAAAAAGUAUGGCAUAGACGAAUCAUGAAAAUGAUGCUUGACUUUCAAA